CCUCCGCCCGGCAACGCCCCGCGCACCCCGCAACAUGCUUCUGCGGGGACUCGAGCGCCGGUCUCCGGGGCCCCUGCCCGCUCAGCAUCCCAGCCUCCGCAGGCAGGUAGAGCCUCCGGGGCAGCUCCUGCGCCUUUUCUACUGCACUGUCCUGGUCUGCUCCAGAGAGAUCGCCGCGCUCACGGACUUUUCUGGUUACCUAACUAAACUCCUGCAAAACCACACCGCCUAUGCCUGUGAUGGGGACCACUUGAAUCUCCAGUGUCCUCGGCACUCUACAAUAAGUGUCCAGUCAGCAUUUUAUGGGCAAGAUGACCAAACGUGUAGCUCCCGGCAGCCUGUGUCCCAGAGGAAAGACAGCCUAACCUGCGUGGCAUCCACCACGCUGCAGAAGGUGCUGGAUGAGUGCCAGAACCAGCGGGCCUGCCACCUCCUGGUCAAUAGCCGUGUCUUUGGACCUGACCUUUGUCCAGGAAGCAGUAAAUACCUCCUGGUCUCCUUUAAAUGCCAACCUAAUGAAUUGAAAAACAGAACCGUGUGCGAAGACCAGGAGCUGAAGCUGCACUGUCACGAAUCCAAGUUUCUCAAUAUCUACUCGGCGACGUACGGCAGAAAGAUCCAGGAGGUGGGCGUCUGCUCCUCCGGCCCGGAGCAGCUCUCCCCCUUUGACUGCCUGUCCUAUUCCGCUUUGCAAGUGCUGUCCAGGAGGUGCUAUGGGAAACAGAGGUGCAGAAUCAUUGUCAACAAUCACCAUUUCGGAAGCCCCUGUCUGCCCGGAGUGAAAAAAUACCUCACAGUCACCUACGCAUGCGUUCCCAGGAACAUCCUCACCGCCAUUGAUCCGGCUGUCGGCCAUCUAGACCCUCCUCUGAAGAAGAAAGACCGUGAACAUGAUGUGAACUUCGACCCCAGUGGAUCGCGGGUUCUGAGGAAAGAUGGCGUCAUGGUGAGCAACUCUCUGGCCGCCUUCGCUUACGUUCGAGCCCACCCCGAGAGAGCCGCCCUGCUGUUUGUGUCCAGUGUCUGCAUUGGCCUGGUCCUCACCUUGUGCGCCCUGGUCGUCAAAGUGUCCUGCACCAAGGACGUCCGGGAGCUGCAGCGGCGGAGGGAGCAUCUGGUGGCGGGGAGUGACAAGGCGGAGGAGGACAGUAGUGAGGAUGACGAGGAGGAGGAGGAGGGCUCCUCAGACUCGGAUCUUCCCGGGGAGCGGUCAGCGUUUCGCAGGACUUCCUAUCCCGUCUACAGCUCCUUAGAGGCCGCGGAGCUUGCAGAGAGGAUCGAGCGCAGAGAGCAAAUCAUUCAGGAAAUAUGGCUGAACAGUGGCUUGGACAGCUCGCUCCCACGAAACAUGAGCCAGUUCUACUGAAACCCCAAGCAGGAAGGACGCAGACACCCUGCAGUUCUGUUUUACUGGUACCUUCUGUGAAGGAGACUGUCUCCUACCCAAGGCUGGUGAAGCCAGGAAGAUAUUAAAAUGGACCUUUCAAAUUGUUUACAGCACAUUCCAAAAUAAAGCAGGUGUGUGGGGGAGGAGGAAGCCGCUGUUUUCUGGGCUGGCUUAAAUGAAUGCCGCGAUGUCAAUGUAACUGAAGUUCCUAACGCUUGCUGGUUUCCAUCUGUUAAGCCCUUUAUUCCUCACAACAGUGCGCAACAGUGCCCCGAAGCCCAUUCUACCCACGAGCAGACGGGAUUGUCUGAAUAGCCCUGACGGCUAGCGUGGGCUCGUGCCCCACACCUUCUCUGUGGGUGGAUUUCAAUCACGGGCAUUUAACUGUUGAGGGCCACGGUUCACACACUUUCCCGGUGAAGGACCAGCUGGUCCACAUUUUAGACUUUGUGGCCCAUAUGUUUCUUUCAACCAGUCAAUUCUGUCCAGCAAAAGCAGCCGUUUGUAAACAAAUAGGAGUAGCCGGGUGCCGAUAAAACUUUAUCUCUGGAUGCUGAAA